CUGAGUGGCUGAACCGUCUUACAAUUUGUCCAAAUUGUCGGUAAAAUUUGAAAUUUGUUUCAAUGCAAACCUCUCUGUUGGCGCACACACUUGACAUUGAUAAGAUAGAUAAAUCACAGCCGAGAAAUCUUAUUCAAAAUGAGAACAUGGAAGCAGUGUUCGACUCGUGGAUCCAUUGAAAAACCGCUACAGUUCUGAACGAAAACACCCUGUCAACAUGGAUCUCAACGAUUGGUUCUCCGAUACCUCAACAAGUGGUAGUUAUGUCUCUACAGGUGAUAGUCCUGGCUCAACAGGUGAUAGUUAUGGCUCAACAGGUGAUAGUUAUGGCUCCACAGGUGUCGGUCGUGGCUCUACAGGUGUUAGUGCGUCACGUGACGUCGAAAAGACUGCUAGGAUAAGGCCCGGUGGGCUUCUGGCCAAGUUGGGAUUGCCUUGUCAAGUCGACGAGCAGUACCAGUACGACCAGUGCUACAGCUAUUAUGCGAACGGGUGCUUCAACACCUGUCAGUUCGUGCAGCUCGGCGAUAUGGAGGAUUUCAUGAAUCAUGAGCGCCGCAAGGAGAAGUCGAGAGACGCUGCCAGGUCGCGCAGGUCGCGUGAGACCGAAAUCUUCACCGAUCUGGCAAAAGUGCUGCCGUUGGCCAAUGACCAGGUAUCUUUGCUCGACAAAGCUUCGAUCAUGCGACUCGCCAUAUCUUAUCUCAAGGUCAGGGAAAUGGUCUCCCUAGUUCCUGACUUGGGUGAAUUAGAAAAAAAGAAUGACACCGACGGAUCUGUAUUCUUGAAAUCCCUUGACGGUUUCAUUGUGGUUUUGUCUGUGGAUGGAGAUUUUAUCUAUUUAUCAGAAAAUGUCUGUGACUAUCUAGGACUCUCCCAGAUCGAUUUGAUGGGUCAGAACAUAUUCGACUACAGCCAUCCUUGCGAUCACGAGGAGAUCCGAGAAAGCCUGUCGGGAAAGACGAGGGAUGGGGCUGAUGUGCCCAAAUCCAUGUUCAUCCGCAUGAAAUGUACUCUCACUAGCAAAGGAAGAUCUGUCAACCUCAAAUCUGCUAUUUAUAAGGUAAUUCAGUGCAAAGGUCACAUGACCAAACCCAAGCUCGACGAGAACAGUAACGACGAGAGCGACGGCAACAGCAAUGGCGGCUUGCAGAGCUGCUUCAUCGGAGUGGGGCAACCCAUUCCGCACCCCUCCAACAUCGAGACGCCACUGCACAAUCAGGCGUUCUUGACCAAACACGGCAUGGACAUGAAAUUCACCGAUGCUGAUGACGAAUUGUUACAAGACAUCUUGGGCUAUGAUGCUGAUGACUUGGUAGGAAAAUCUGUAUACGAUUACCAUCAUGCCAUGGACAGUGAAGCCAUAUUGUCAGCAUACAAAUGUUUGUUUUCGAAGGGCCAGUGCGAAACUGCCCGCUAUCGCUUUCUGGCCAAGACCGGCGGUUACGUUUGGGUAGUCACCCAAGCCACCUUGAUCUACGACAAAGUGCAGAAGCCGCAGAGCGUCGUGUGCGUCAACUACGUCGUCAGCGGUUGGGAGGGCAAAGAUGAGAUAUACUCUGCCGGUCAGUACUCUUCGUUAAUUAAAACGGAUGAGGCUAAAGGUAAAUCGAACAACGUGGAGGAAUCACCCGAUGAGGUGGUGAGGGUGGGAGGAACAGUUGAGGAGAGGAAACCGAUUUCGGCCACGGCCAGACUGUUUGGCGAUCUGAGAGACGUGGAGGGUGGCGCAUCGAGGCCGCAGAGCGCUACCACCAAGAUUUUCGGCCCCAGGACCAAGGACAUGAGCAAGGGAUUCCUCACCUUUUCGGACGAGGAGCCAGGGCUGACAAUGCUGAAGGACGAGCCCGAGGACCUGACGCAUCUCGCCCCCGUAGCAGGGGACGUCUGCGUACCCUUAGAAGAGCACCCCUUCCUCUCCGACAUGUUGGACGACAUUUUGUUGCGCGACAAUUUCGGCCCGCUGCUCGCAGAAGAGCCCUCGGAUCCCUUCAUCGCUUACAGGGAUAUGAGAGACGAGUCGCCCCAACUGCUGUCACCCAAUUUGUCUAAGCAAUCGGACUGCAGUUUACCGUCCCUGAACAGCCCCAGCGACUCGCUGAUCGACGAAGACCAAAUGUCGACUUUCAUGAACCUCCAAAUGGAGGACGAUCCCGAACUGGUGCUCAAAGCGCCCUACAUCCCUAUGAACAUCACCGACGAUCUCCCUUUGCUCGUAUCUAACGAUCUCAUGUGGAGUAACGGCGAUGACAAAAAAACGGAGAAUUCCAGUCUGGCCCAGUUGUUGUCCAACAACAAACAUAACCUCAAACUGAACGAUCACGGAGGAGGAUUGCUGGAGAGACACGGAAUGCACGAGAACAUUUAUUGCAACAAAAGCAGUCGUAAAUCUUGGUCGGACCUCGACACCCCGAAAAGCCCCAACAUGAAGCUGGACCGCACCCACAGCCUGAAGCGACCCAACCCUCACUCGUACGACCCAUCGAGCAAAAGGCCGCGCAGCGAGCCCAAAGACAACCUCUCCUCGGAGCUGCUCCACCAGCUGAUGUCCACCAGCACCGGCAGAGGGCGCUCCAAGGGCAAGGGCAACUGGGUACAGAAGGCCGCUUGCGUCUCACAGCCCAGCGACAGCGUGCUCAUGAACUUAUUGGACGACCCGAUGACCUCCCGUCUAACCCCCCCGCUGGACCCGUUCUCCAUGGACCAGAAACUCCGAUCGCAGCAGGCCUCGGCCUUGGAGCGCCAACACCGCAUCCGCAAGCACUCGCUCGGCCUGCUUGAUCCCGAGGGAGCCUCUCUCGCCUCCCUCAUGGACCUCACGCAGCAGGACUACGAGGUGAACGCUCCUGCCAGCUUCGGCCUGCUGCAGGGCCAGGAAAUUCUGACGGCGCUAGAUGUGCCUUCUGGCAUUUAG